AUGCAGAUGGUACGAGGCAAGGCCGACCUGCUGGGUCGCAAGGCCAAGCUUGCCAAUUCCUACCAAGAGCUUCUCGAUGAAUUCGCGAACAAAGACCUAAAGUCCGUUGGCAACUACACCCUGGGACGCCUUAUUGGCAAGGGCUCCUUCGGCAAGGUCUACCUCGCCAGCCACAAGCUUAUCAACAACUCCAAGGUUGUCCUCAAGUCUGCCAACAAAACUGAUUCCAACCUGGCCCGCGAGAUUCAUCAUCACCGCCAGUUCAUCCACCCUCAUAUUGCGCGGCUCUACGAAGUCAUCGUCACCGAGAACCUGGUCUGGCUCGUACUGGAAUACUGCCCUGGCGAUGAACUAUACAACUACCUCCUGUCUCAAGGGGCCCUCCCCGUCUAUAAAGUGCAAAAGAUCUUUGCGCAGCUUGUCGGCGCCGUCUCCUAUGUGCACCAACAGAGCUGCGUGCAUCGCGAUCUCAAGCUCGAGAAUAUCCUGCUCGAUAAGAAUGAAAACGUCAAGCUUGUCGACUUUGGCUUCACGCGCGAGUAUGAGGGCAAGGCCAACUACCUGCAGACAUUUUGCGGUACCAUCUGCUACUCGGCACCGGAAAUGCUCAAGGCGGAAAAGUACGCCGGCGAAAAGGUCGAUGUCUGGAGUCUGGGAGUCAUUCUGUACGCUCUGUUGUGCGGUGAACUGCCGUUCGACGACGACGACGACGCGGUCACUCGAAACAAGAUUCUCACGGAAGACCCCAAGUUCCCGGAACACCUACCUGACGACGCGGUAUCUCUGAUGAAGUCGCUCCUUUCGAAGCGGACGCUGUUACGACCCUCAUUGCCAGAUAUUCUGGCGCAUCCAUUCUUGUCCGAAUAUGCAGCUUCCCAGCAAGCCAUUCUGCAGAGCCAGGCCCCACCCACGUUCUCGACUCACUUGGAGAAGGAGACGCUUCACCGCAUGAAGGGCGCUGGCGUGAACAUUGAUGCUGUCAUCGAGAGCGUUGUGGCCCAGCGUUGCGAUGCGCUGGCUGGCUGGUGGUCCUUGCUCAUCGAGAAGGAGGAGAAGAAGCUGAGGAGGAAGGAACAGAAGCGACGGGAGCGAGACGUCGAGAACAGGAGUCUGCGCCGUCUUUCCGCCGCCUCCAGCAGGCUCGAACGCAUGGCGCCAGUAUUGCCCGAGGUUGACGAAGAUGGGGGCUUCACCAGCGGCAUGAUGAGGCUGGGGGAGCAGCCGCUGCCUAGAACACGCGGUAGAACCGAACGUCGCAGCGCGCAUUACACCGACUUUGAGCUGCCUGGGCUGCCCGAACAUGGUAAGGAAAGCGGUGGGUCCAGCCCGGAUGUGCCACCGCGGCCUGUCGACAAAGACUCUAUCCGAUCCGCCAGCACGUCAAGACACAGGCGCCCGAUCCCGCCUCCAAAAGAGGGUGUCAUACGCAGUGCGAGAUCCAGGGGAUCCACGCUUCACCUCGUCACAACGACCGAGGCCCUGUCUUCGAAUGGCCCAGGCUCAACUGAGCAGGAUACCGAGCCGCAAAAGGUGCGCAAAAGGCCAUCGCAGGCGAUCGUGGCUACGUGGAAGAACUGGACGCACUGGUUCUAUGAAAACACACGCAGGCACAGGCAUGCAAACAAGAGAGGAAGCCAUUCGACGCCGAAUCUCGUCGAUAAAAAUGGUAGCGUGAACGGGAGCAAGCACUCGAAAGAGCCCAGCCCACGUCCGCAAACGAGCAAAUACCCCACCAUUGAUUCGGGGAUUCCUAGGGCAAAAGCCUCGCUGCCCAAAGGCGUCGUGGCUAAUGGCCACAUAGCCAAGGCGAUGCCGCCGGCUCCGAUGGGAGGUGGCCUUCAUAGCCCUACGCGGGCACCGGCCUCGGUUUCGGGGUCGCAUGGACCGCCGAGGAUUACGACCAGUAACUCCUACAAGCGUCAGUCGCUGUCUCCAUCGCCUCUGACGCCCCGGUCUACCAUGCGCCGAUCCUCCGCGGGACUGCGUGGGCGCAAGUCAACCUCCUCUUCCGUGUCCUCCAUACGCUCCAUGCACCACCACCACCACACACACUCCAAAGCGUCAUCUACGAGCUCAAACGGCUCAAUGUCUGGCGUGAAAACCCCUCUUCAACGGGGUCACUCGCCCCACCACUCGGUCAAGGUCCUGCCUGCGACUCCAACCACCUCGUCCUUCCCGUCGAGCCUCCGCCUCGUCAGGGGCUCUGGACCGCCCGCCCCGAUUUCUGUUUUCAACGAGGGCAUGCCAUCCUCCUCCACCGACCAUCAAGCACCAGGCUCGCCGAACCCCUUUGGCGCUGGCGGUGUUCUUUUUGCCAAGCGGAAGCGCAGCCUCUUCAAAGGGCCCAUGUUAUCUCUUAAUGGUGGCGGCAGCAGUGCUCGUAGCACCGGCUCUGGCUCCCAUUCGCGAAGCGCCAGCGCCUCUGGCCUGGGACGACGAUCUGGCGAGAUCACUAUUCAGGAAGAAGAAGAGGACGACGAGACGGGCGACGAUUACAUUGAGGAAGUGGAGAAUUUUACGCCCGUUGUUAGCGGCCCCGGUGAGCGGGUCGAAGAGCAGAUCAUUGAAGAGGGCGAGUCGACCGAUAAUGAGACGACACCGCGCGGCGUCGCGUCGCGAGCGUCACAGCACACUGGCCUCGAAGCCACAGACGCGCCUUGA